AAAAGCGGAAUGAACUCUUCAAUGCUUUUAUAUAGUUUUCAAGAAAAAUAUGCAGAUGCUUUUGCAAAAAAUUUUACCAUUGUUUUUCUUGCAGUCAUAAUUAUCUCCAUAAAUGGAUUGUUUGUAUUCAUAUUCUUUAGGAGUUCAAUUUUCUACAAUAAUCCGAGAUAUAUAUUAUACAUUCACUUGGUUAUCAAUGACAUGCUCAUGGUUUUUUUCAGUGUAAUUCUAUUUGUGAUGACUUUUGCAUGGCAAAACGUACCUCUCCCGUUCUGUGUUACACUGCUUAUAAUAGCCUCAACAACUCAUAAGAUCACUCCUCUGACUUUGGCCGGUAUGGCCGUUGAGCGUUACAUCGCAAUCUGCAAACCACUGCAUCAUCAUCAGAUUUGCACAGUGCGCAGGACAUUUAUCCUUAUCUCUCUGAUUUGGGGUGCAGGAGUUUUACCUGGAUUGGCUGAAUUGAUUCUUCUUUCAAUUGUUCGUCCUUUAUCUAUCUUUACAACAAGUACUUUCUGUAGUUCAGCAUCUCUUUAUAACACUGCGUAUCAUGGAGAACUAAGCAAAUUUAUGAAUGGGCUUUAUACAUCCGUUGUGUGGUUAAUUCUUGUAUUCACAUAUUGUCGAGUGCUUAUUACGGCCAGAAGAGCCUCCACUGAUAAAUCUUCAGCAAAAAAGGCCCAAAGCACCAUCCUGUUACAUGGAGUACAGCUUCUGCUCUGUAUGUUGUCCUACAUUACUCCUGUGUUGGACAAAAUUUAUCUUCAAAUUGUUACUGAUAGGCAGAAAAAAAUCGUAUUUUUUAAUUAUCUUUUGACAAACAUUGUACCAAGACUUCUUACACCUCUGAUUUAUGGUGUUCGGGAUAAACAUGUUUAUAAACAUAUAAAGGGUCUUUUUUCAUGUAAAUUACCUAUUGCAAAGGUUGAAUCAAUCAAAUAUUGA